AUGUGGUUGAAAUUUAUCCGGACAGAUCUCUAUAACUUCGCUGUAUUCUAUACCGCCAGAUCUAUCAAUGAAACAGUCAAUCCUACGAUGGACCAAGCUCCAAAGACGCAGUAUGUAUUUUUGAACAGAACCUUCAAACUAUGGUGUCCAGCGAAGGCUGCGCCGGCUCCAUACAUUUUAUGGAGAAAAGAUGAUGUCACUGUUCAAAAUAGUACCAGCAUAACAUUUCAGCUUAAGGUAACUUCGGAAAACAACGUGAAUUAUAGCUGUGAGGUAAGAAAAGAUGAAGAGGUGUUAAGAAGAGACAUCAGCCUCACAAUUGAAGAGUGCCCAGACCCUUGCGAAUGUGGCGUCUUCCACCAAACUAUUGUUAGUGUGAAUU